AUGCUGCAACUUAUCACGCGUCAACUGGGUGUGAGCGUUUCAACAAAGUAUUUAGAUGAUAACAAGAUUUCUCCUCCACAACGUCAACUGCUAUGCGACUUAACGAAUACGUUGAACCAAGCCACUGAAGAUUCAUUGGCCGGAUUAUCCAUGAAGUUUGAAGGGAAUCCACUUGACCUUGAAGAGGUGUGCAACCUCUCCGUUAUUGACAGUCAGUUGACCUUAAAGAAGACAGCGGCGGUUUCUGGAAUGUUCAACUAUUCCUCGUACAAGCAACUCAAGCCAACCGAGCUUCCUGAUGCAUUUUCGACCUACGGUGAAGGUACACUGUUUCUUACCUCUGGAGCUGCUGGAGGCGCUCCCCAAUUGGUCGCUUUGCUUCCUGGCACCUCAAACGACAGCCGCCGACUUUUACGGGCGUAUACUAUUCAAAACCCUGAUAUGGAACUCAAAGUCAGCCAGCUAGAGACCCGAUUCAUGCCCUUUUCGAAUGAAGUUUCCAUUUCAUACGAAGCUACCUACAGUUUCUCGUUUUCCGUCAUUCACGUGGAUUUUACCUGCCCUACCGGUGGCUUGCUUUCCCACCCACAGGGUACCACUAUUGGGCACGUGACAACACAAAUUUCGCCGUUUUCCACCGCCGGUUCUCCCUUGAGUUCAAUCAAGAUCGAUCUGGACAGGAUCAAGCGGCUCUCCAUAGCAUACCAGAACGAAGCUGCGUGGAUCCCUAUUGGUGAUUUCAAUGCUGAUGCAUUGGAGUGCUCGAUCGUAUCUCAUUUGACCAACGGAAAACGUGAUAUUCAGUGCCCCUCAGGUUUGCAUGUACUGCGAGAUUUGGACUCAACUGAACGCACCUGGGAAGCCCUCAAGGAUGUUCCUGAUAGAAAACUUGCUCGUCAGGGCUUUUUACUAGCAUUGCGUCGUCUCCAAGACAACAUCAGCCUUUUGUCUAUUGGCUCAAACAAUUUUACGCGAUUUGCCAAAUUGAGCCGGUCAUGCGUUGCUCUUCGGGGAGGCGAACAGUCCCAAUUCGAGGUCACCGGUCUCAGGAUGCUCCUCGAGGCGGGCAUCUAUAAGGCCACGAACGACUGUCUGGCUGUUAUUCGCUCUGUUUCCCCAUAUCUUGAAAAGGCUUUUGUCUCGAUGAACUUCACUGACAACAUGAGCCUGGAAAAGCGCCUGUUGUUGCUUUUUCACCUUUACAAAGUUGGGUGCAUGGCCGCUGCUCUGAGCAGUGUCAUUCAAGCUUCUGUUGUGGAAACGGAAAUACGGCCUCUUUUGCUGGACACAAAGACCUCAAAAACUGAGUUUCCUUCCGUAAUGGAGACCGAUGAAUUGGAGCUCGACGCACCCUCCUACACCCACACCUGCACUACUCCUCUCACUCAUCUAAUUCCACAACUUGGCAAUUUUACUCCUGAUAUUUGGAUAGUACGAUUCUCUGCCAGUAAACCGGUUAAGACGGAAAAGCACCUCGUCUACGAAUGCCUUCUUUCAAGUGACGGAUCUUUAACCCCUCACUGCCAUGUGCUGGAGCUUGUCGACACGGUUUGGUAUCCUGACUCUUGA